UAUUAAAAAAAUUUCAAGAAAAUAUUCUCAAACAAUAUCCAAGUCUGGUAUGUGUAUAUUGUGCAAAAUUAUUAUAUCCAAAACAAGUAAAAUGGAUUGUCUAUAAUCAAGAAAUAAAAUAUCCAAUUGAAGAAGCUUUUGAUAAUUUUCAUUUAGAGUUUCAUCCAAAUACAAAGGAAAAAUAA